AGUGUAAAGUACAGUGGAAACUGUGGUGCGAAGUCCGUGACAAAGGAACAGUUGGUUUUACUGUCUGGCAGACCUCCAGGACCAAUUACACAAUAAAGUUGCAUACCAGCAAUGAGGCGUCUUUGGUGAAAGGACUGCUGGUCGCUCAGGUCUGUUCUCCAGAUGAUGCCAAAGUGGUGGAUUUAGCCGGUCCCCAUGAGUGAUAUGAGAAAGAGGUUGGAGGAGCUACACCCCGCCGGCAGCUUUGGAGAGAAAGCGGCACUAUUUCGCAGUGCACAGGGAAAUGUGAGUGGUUUCUCCAGUCCCACACUCAUUCCCCUCCGCUCUCCAUUACAACCUCCCUCUGCUCAGAACUACAGGACCUCCCUCCCUUGCAAGGGAAACAGGAAAAGUAGAGAGGGGGAGGAAUUGCUGCCUUCGCCUGUACCAAACUCUUUUCCAGAGCUCUUCUCUUCUAAUGUGUCCUCUCUAGUCACAGAGUGUUUAUUGCCCUGGACCAAAAACAGCACCACUCAGGUAAUCAAAGUAUACAGCGAAGACAACACCAGUCGGGCAGUGGAGGUUCCCAGUGACAUCACGGCCCGGGACGUUUGCCAGCUGUUUGUUCUGAAAAACCACUGCAUUGAUGACCACAGCUGGACGCUGUUUGAGCAUCUGUCACAUCUGGGCAUCGAAAGAACCAUAGAAGACCAUGAGUUGGUAUUGGAGGUUCAGUCUAGUUGGGGAAUGGACUCCGACAGCAAGCUAUGCUUCAGGAAGAACUACGCCAAAUACGAAUUUUUUAAGAAACCUCUGGAUUUUUUCCCAGAGAACAUGGUGUCCGUAUCCAGUGAGGCCAACGGAAUCAUGAACCACUCUCAGCUCAUCCAGACAUUUCUCAGCUCCAGCACCUGUCCUGAGAUCCAUGGCUUCCUCCACGCUAAAGAGCAAGGCCGAAAAUCCUGGAAGAAGUUCUAUUUUGUGCUGAGAAGAUCGGGCCUUUACUUUUCCAACAAAGGCACAUCAAAGGAGCCCAGGCAUCUCCAGUUUAUUGCAGAGUUCAGUGACAGUGAUGUCUACACGUUGUUAUCGGCCAAAAAACUGCACGGUGCUCCCACUGACUACGGCUUGUGUGUGAAGUCAAACAAGUCGAGCUCGCCAAGGGACCUGAAGCUGCUGUGUGCAGACGAUGAGCAGACCAGGACCUGCUGGAUCACUGCCAUGCGUCUCUUUAAGUAUGGGAUGCAGCUGUAUGAGAACUUCAUUCAUCCUCACCAGAAGCAGAAAAGCUCUCCUAUGAGGAGCAUCUCAGAGAAUUCGCUGGUAGCCAUGGACUUCUCAGGACACCGUAGUCGGGUUAUAGAGAAUCCGUCUGAGGCACUGUCUGUGGCUGUGGAGGAGGGCUUAUCAUGGAGGAGGAAGAGCUGCCAUCGUCUGAGCUCGCAUGGAAGUCCGUCCACGUCUCAGAACCCCAUGUCCAACAUCGUGAUACACAUGGCUCAGCCCUGGUUUCAUAGUAAACUCUCCCGAGAUGAAGCUCACAGGCUCAUCACUCAACAGGGCCUUAUUGAUGGGGUUUUUCUCUUAAGGGACAGCCAAAGCAACCCCAAGACUUUUGUUUUAUCACUGUGCUAUGCACAGAGAAUAAAACACUUUCAGAUCUUACCUGUGGAGGACGAGGGUGAGAUGUUCUACAGCCUGGAUGAUGGACACACGCGCUUCACUGAUCUCAUCCAGCUGGUGGAGUUUUACCAGCUCAACAGAGGAGUGCUGCCAUGCAAACUCAAGCACCACUGUGCCAGAAUCACCCUCUGAGGGGUCACAGCUGGCCCUUGGAGGUCCCCCCUCCUGCAGACCUCCUCUUGGGCCCCCAAAUGCACCUUAGAGCCAGGGUCUCUCUGGAGAGUUACCAUCGCAUCCCGUGCCUUGGACAGGAGCCUGCAGUCACAAACCAGCUGACCCCACUUACUUCGCCCCCUUACAAUCUACCUUUUCCGGACAACCUGCUCACUUAUCUCGGGGUGCUAUAAGGACUUAUUCAUCACAUGGGAGAGGCAGUAUGAGUGUGACAGUACUUAGAGGGAAAAAUAUUGUGUGUGUGUGUGAGUGUGUAUGUGUGUGUGUGUGUGUGUUUGUGUGUGUGUGUGUGUGUGUGUGUGUUUGUAUGUACGUAAAUCCGCAUGGUCCUCGGUAGGUUUCAGCACAUUGUUGGGGUGUGGUCAGGUAUGGAGACUUUAAGAGGGCUGUUUGUCUGUGGUUGAAGUACUGUAAUAUAAUGUUAAAAUAAUGGACUUUAUGAGCGCAGUGUAUUUGCUUUGGUUUUUCAUUUGUUUGUUUUGUUUGUUUUUUUGUUGUUCAACAGACAUUCUCUCGCUGCGAGUGGGGAAAGCUCUUUUGGUAGCAUACUGUUAAUGGAAGCUAAUCUCUGACAGCUAAUGGUCUGUGUGCAUAUGCUGUAGACAAACUGAUAAAACAUGCCAUGAUCAACAAGCACAAAUAAGCUGAAAAAGCUGGGUUUGUCAGGAGAGAGAGAGAGAGAGAGAGAGAGAGAAAGAGAAGGAGUUUUGGGGUCUCACAGAGACCGACACCAUCCUCUCUGUCCUGGACCUUCUGGGUAAAAACUCACUUUCAUUUUUAUUUCCUUCUUUAAAUCAUGUGACAAGAUAUUCAGGUAUUUUCUAUAUAAAAUGUGACGUGUUUUUUUUUUUCUGAGAUAUUGAGAUAUGUGGUUAGCAGAGGCGAAUGUGUUUUUUUUUCCUUUUUGCACGCUGUGCGAGUUAGAUUGCGAUCGGUGUGUUGUGUGACACACCAGCCAAUGAUGCAUAGACACACACACACACACACAAACUCAUACACAUGCUCUUCACAACACGCUACUGUACCUGAAUGUGGAAAAUGGACUGACUGCAUAUGAAUGAUAAUGUCACGCCGCCCUUGAAAAAUAUCAUGUUCAGUCGUUGCAAUGUGGUUUACAUUUUAGGAAUCUUCGGCAAAAGUAUGAGAUUUAGAAUCAUGUCACUCACUAACAACUGAUUAUCUCUGAAUUGUUGUACAUUGAAAUUUUUUUUAUUUUAUAAACUGUUUUCAAGGUUCAGGUAUACUGGUGUACUCCCGAACGGGCUACGUUUUGAUAGCAAGACCACUAGCAGAGACUAGCAAUGAAUGUACAGUCCCUUCAGGUUGUGAAACAUACUGUAACAGCAUCAGAAAAGAAAUAUCCUAAAGAGAACAAAA